AUGUUUCGAACAAUUACAUGUGUAGCACAUAUCAUUCACCUUCCAAACCACGACAACCAACUCGGAGGAGACCAUUCCACACGUCACUGGUUAGUGAACAGUCGUCCUUCGCUCCUUCGCACUGCUUCGCCCUCUUUCGCGCGACAUACGAGAAAGAUGGAAGUCGUGGACGAAGAAGUUGCGCGUCUGGAUGCUAUGCUUGCCGCACUCCAUGAGCCCUUGAAAAAUCCAGCACCUCGCGGAAAGCUUAUUUUGGAUUCUCGUCAAGGUAGACUUCUUCAUGUUAACGAAAGUGUAAUAAGUCGCCGUUAUAGCGCUGAUUCAACCCUAAACAGGACAGCUGAAGAGUCUAUUGCUAAAACUUCGCCUUUUGCUACUUCCGUGCGAGAAGAUCGUAGAUUGACCGCCGCUGAUCGUCGAAAGCAGCAACGCGAGCGCCUCCGUGAACGUCAAGAUGAAUACAAUAAGCAGGAGAUGGCGCUAGGGGGACACUACGACGUGUUCAAAGAUCCGUAUCCUGAAUUUGAGGAUAGAAUUUCUGUGAAAAAGGACUCUACCUUGGAGACGGAUGAAGAAUCCCAAGUGGAGGAGCCUGGUGCUCCAGCUGCGUCAGACUCUCAAAUGUCUGUCGAAUAUGUGGAUAAUGAAGACGAAGAGAAUGUACCUCGAUCGUCUCAAGGGCGGAAAGGGGAGGGAUGUUCGACACCGCGAUGCACUGCCAACAACACCCUAGCGCCGUUAAGAGCAAUUGAUGUUUCUGCUGUUACAUCUUUCGAUGCAGGUCCAAAUGAGAUUCCUCUUGUUUUGGAAUCUAAGAAGAAGAUUAUGGGGUCGUCAGUGCAUGAGAAAAAGAAAGCGAAUUCACCACCAGUUAUAGCAGCGUCAGAAAAUGUUGUUGGUUCACCUGCUCCUGCCAACCGCACUGAUCAUUCGAUGGAUGACGUCCUAUCGAGAAUGCAAAAGACACCGAAACAGGCUCCGCCGCGUGCGAGAAGAACUACAUUAAUUGUUCCAUCUGUUGGAAAGAUGAUGAACAUUGCCGAAAAUGCGCAAGAAGCUAGUCUUUCUGCCGAAGUGUGUGUAUCUCAAGACAACAAUGUUACAUAUACUAUUCCAAAAGACGGCACAUUCACUAUUUGCCGAGUUGACGAUAGCCUAGCACCAAACGAUGGAAACAAUGGAACUUAUACAGUAGCUUCGGCAAAGGAUGCUACAUUUGUUGUUGAAACACACAAAGACGAUGCCUCGAGAGCUGAACAAGCGGUAGAAGCGAACUGUUCUGGUCUUGGUCUUUCGGAGGAACAACAAAUUUCGUCCGAAGCCGUGUUUGCGGUGCCCGUUGUACCCACGAAGAAAAGCAAAAAUGCUUCAAAGAUUACUGUAGAUCAAAGAGAGGAGAGGAUGAAUACUUCUCAAAAGAAGAACGCUUCACUCUUAGAGAUGAUGGAUGUUGAUGUAUCCUCUCCUGGCCGUGCAUUAUUCGCAGCUCGCCCUGCAAAGAAGCUGCGGCCAUUGUUGAAAACUCCUGUACGAGCAAAACAGGCUCAAAAUGAUGAUGCCAUGGAAGUGUCUAUUGUUAUGUCUGACAUUAGUCAACAACCAUCGGUCAGUUCUGAAGACGGUUCAAUGAUUGAUCCUGUGACGGAUCCUAGACCAGCACAAUCGACUCCAACCCGUGCUCCUGGAUUUGCAAAGGGAUACGGUAACAUCCAUAUCUGUACUUGA